CUGAAAUACCCAUCAUCCAUGCUUGCUUCUUUUGCACCACCGAUCCUGUUUUUCCAACAUACUGUAACUUCACUAUCUUGGGCAUGUCCAUUUUAUUAAGCUCUACUCAUAAUUCUAUUUUUCUAGUGCAACAGUUAUGCUUCAAUAUAUGGAUACACUUAUCUUGAAACCCACAAGCAGCAAUCCCUUAUGAAGGUGGAUGUGGAGCCAAAUCUGCCUAUAGUGCGGUGGCUGCUUUCAAAAAUAUCUACCAAGCAAUGGAUUCUUAUGAAGAUGAGCAGAAUUGAUGCAAUGAAAAGGGAAAUGGAGGGCAAGGCAGCAUGGGGGCAUAGAAGGCUCUAGUAGAAUUGAAGCAUCAGACAAUGCUUUAGUUAAUGCUUUAGUUUAGCAAUUUAAUUUUCUCACUUAGAAAAUGAUAUUUUCUGUUUGAGCUCACUGAUUGAUUUUACUG